UGACAAAAAAAUCUGGAAGCUUGGAUCCCGUUUUCAUCUCCGGUGUUUCGUGUUCUGAGAAAACUUGAAGCAGCCAUGGCUCCCAAAUCGAAAGAAAAAGCCAAAACCUCGACUUCACAGCCUCUUCCAGCAAUCGAAGAUCUCUUCUCUUCCAUCCAUGAACAUAACCAGCAAUCUGAAUAUGAAAAAUCCGUCAAGGUCGCUGAUCAAGUUUUGUCGAUUGUACCUUCCGAUGAAGAUGCGAUCCGAUGCAAAGUUGUGGCUCUAAUCAAAGACGAUAAUAUCGAUGGAGCUCUUUCCGUCAUUAACUCGAUAAAGAAUGUUUCAAUCGAUCUAGGAUUUGAAAAGGCGUAUUGUUUAUACCGUCAGAACAAGAUAGAUGAGGCUCUUGUGUGUUUACAAGGUCGAGAGAGAGAUCCAAAGGCUUUGCUUUUGGAGGCUCAGAUUAUGUACCGUUUGGGGAAACCAGAUGCUUGUUUGGAUUUGUAUCAGCAACUGACCAUGGCUGAGAUUAAGAAGUUAAAGGUCAGUUUAGAGGUCAAUACCGUCGCGGGGUUGAUUUCAGCUGGAAAAGCUUCUCAAGUGCAAAAAGCAUUGGAGGGUUUGAAGAUUAAACCAACUAGUUCAUUUGAGUUGGCUUAUAAUACUGCUUGCUCUUUGAUCGAAAACAAUAACUAUGCUGAUGCAGAACAGCUUUUGCUCACUGCCCGAAGAAUUGGUCAGGAGACCCUCACUGAUGAUUUUACUGACGAGGAUAUUGAGGUUGAGCUGGCCCCAAUUAUUGUCCAAUUAGCGUAUGUCCAACAGCUCCUUGGACAAACUCAAGAAUCCACCAAUUCUUACGUAGACAUCAUUAAACGUAAUCUGGAUGAUGAACCUACACUUGCUGUUGCUGUGAACAACCUUAUUGCCUUAAAAGGUUCCAAAGAUAUUUCUGAUGGCUUGAGGAAGUUCGAUCGGUUGAAAGAAAAAGACUCCCAAAUUUUUCAGCUCUCUCAAGCACUUACUGCAAAGCUUUCACAGAAAAAUAAGGAGGCUAUAUAUGCCAAUCGCGUCCUUCUACUCCUCCAUGCAAAUAAGAUGGAUCAGGCACGAGAAAUUUGUGCUGCAUUGCCUGGUAUGUUUCCUGAGAGUGUUAUUCCUGCAUUGCUUCAAGCUGCUGUUUUGGUGAGAGAAAACAAGGCUGCCAAAGCUGAAGAACUUCUGGGACAGUGUGCUGAAAAAUUCCCGGAAAAGUCUAAGUUGCUUCUCUUGGCCAGGGCGCAAAUUGCUGCUUCUGCCACUCAUCCUCAUGUAGCAGCAGAGUCCCUGUCCAAAAUACCUGAUAUUCAGCAUUUUCCUGCAACUGUUGCCACCAUUGUCUCCCUCAAAGAGCGUGCUGGGGACAACGAUGGUGCUGCUGCUGUUCUUGACUCAGCUAUUAAAUGGUGGUCGAAUUCAAUGACCGAGAGCAAUAAGCUUAGUGUAUUGAUGCCGGAGGCUGCUGCAUUCAAGCUCAGGCAUGGUCAAGCAGAGGAGGCUUCACGGCUAUAUGAGGAGAUUGUGAAAAACCAUAAUAGCACAGGUGCUCUGGUUGGUCUUGUGACUACACUUGCUCGUGUCAACGUCGAGAAAGCAGAAACUUACGAGAAGCAGCUUAGGCCCCUACCAGCUUUGAACACCGUUGAUGUGGAUAACCUAGAAAAGACCUCUGGUGCAAAACCUAUCGAAGGCACUGCUGCUUCAUCGAUUCAGGAAGAAGUGAAGAAAGAGAAGGCGAAGAGGAAGAGGAAGAGAAAGCCAAAGUAUCCCAAAGGAUUCGAUCCGGCAAACCCAGGUCCACCUCCAGACCCUGAAAGAUGGCUUCCCAGAAGGGAAAGGUCAAGUUACAGACCCAAAAGGAAGGACAAGCGAGCUGCUCAAAUCCGUGGCUCGCAGGGUGCAGUGGCGAAGGAUAAACAAGAAGCAGCUCCUUCAACAUCAAAGUCAAACCAAGGGGCCAGUUCUAAACCGAAUGCACCUGCACCUUCUUCUUCUAGGGCCUCAAAAAAGAAGUCUAGAAGAUGAACGAAACAACCCUUUAAGAUUGUUUUAUCUGUUCUGAUAAAACAAAAACAAAGAGUACUUAGCAUUGUCCUUUUUACUUUGGAUUGAUCAAGUUUUAAUUGUCUUGACCCUUUUAAGAUUUUGGUUAAUUUCUUUUUGCA